AUGGCCAAAGUUAUUGAUGCGACAGAAGUCGCAAAACACAACACCCGGGACAGCUGCUGGGUGAUUCUAUAUGGAAAAGUUUAUGAUGUGACCGGUUUCCUGUCCAGUCACCCCGGCGGCGCGAAGAUUAUCCUGAAACUUGCGGGCAAGGAUGCCACAGAAGAAUAUGAUCCAAUUCAUCCUCCGGGGAUCCUCGAGGAAGAACUCAAGCCCGAGGCUUGUUUGGGGACCGUGGAUGCAAACACAUUGCCCAAGGUAGAGGCACCAGCUGAGACGCAAGAGCCUGCCGAGGGGCCGCCUCCCGUCGACACCCUCCUCAACCUAGAUGAGAUUGAAGAGGUGGCCACUAAGCAAGUGAGCAAGAAGGCCUGGGCCUAUUACUAUUCGGCAUCCGACGAUAAAUUCAGCAAGCACUUCAAUACCCAGGUUUAUCGGUCCAUUCUCCUACGGCCGAGAGUUUUCAUUGAUUGCACGCGAUGCGACCUAGAUACGACUGCGCUGGGCCACAAAUUGGGAAUGCCUAUCUAUGUAUCCCCGGCAGCCAUGGCACGGCUGGGCCAUCCAGCCGGCGAGGCAGGCAUUGCGGAGGCAUGUCGCAGCUUCGGAGCCAUGCAAGUCAUCUCCAACAAUGCCUCUAUGACGCCAGAACAGAUCGUCAAAGACGCAGCACCCGAUCAGGUUUUUGGCUGGCAACUUUAUGCUCAGAUUGAUCGGAAGAAGAGCGAAGCCAUGCUGGCGCGCAUCAACAAACUCAAGGCUAUCAAGUUCAUCGUUCUCACCCUCGAUGCCCCCGUUCCGGGGAAAAGAGAAGAUGAUGAGCGAAGCAGUAUUGUAGGAGGCUCAAUGGCCGUGACUAGCGGUGUGAAAGCUGCGGAACGAACGGCGGAUGAUACUCCUGACGUGAAUCAAGGAUCUGGUGGAGUGGGCCAGCAGCUGUUCGCAGGCACUGACCCGUCCUUAACAUGGAAGGAAACUCUGCCCUGGCUUGCCAAGCACACAAGUCUUCCCAUUAUUCUCAAGGGCCUGCAGACUCAUGAGGAUGCAUAUAUUGCAUCGCUGCACGCACCACAAGUCAAGGGCAUCAUCCUCUCCAACCAUGGCGGACGGGCCCUUGACACUGCCCCACCGGCGGUACACACCCUAUUAGAAAUUCGGAAAUACUCCCCCGAGGUUUUUGACAAGCUCGAGGUUCAUGUGGAUGGAGGUAUCCGUCGUGGCACGGAUGUCGUCAAGGCUCUCUGUCUGGGCGCCAAAGCGGUGGGUAUUGGACGACCUGCUCUCUGGGGCCUCGCGGCAGGCGGAGUAAACGGUGUUCGCCGAACUUUACAAAUUCUGGCCGACGAAAGUAAGACAUGUAUGCGUCUGCUUGGGGUGGAACGGGUCGAUGAACUAGGACCUCAACAUACCUCGAAUGAGCUCUACGGUCUUGGGAUUCGGCUUGGGCUCUCCUUGCUCUGGGGCGCGCUGCUGAUUCUGCGCCUAUCCAACGGGCCGUGGUCGACGCUCUCCCGAAUUGGAAGCAGCAUCAAUCUGAUCGGCUACACAAUAUUCACCAGGCUCAUUAUCGACAUUGUGCACGCUAGAGCCCUGACACCAGACUAUUUGAUAGUGUUCUCCUUGAUUGCCACGCUAUUCUACCAAGAUGCCUACAACCUUUUCGGUAAGGUAACCAAGCAGAGUGAACUCCGCUAUAGUCUGAAACCAGAUGUCUCCCUGGUCCUGCAGAAUAUCCUCGGUUGUGCGGCCAGUGGCUUGGGUGCUUGGUUCUGGCUCACCGGACUGGAGCACUCUCAGGAGCCUACAUGCGAUACCAGCGCCGCGGUCAUUGGCGUAUUCAACAUGUAUCAGUCCUCCUGA